AUGAUGAAAUCUGACAACAGAAAUGGUGGGUUCAAAACCAAGAGCGCCUCGAGGUCGACCAAAACAACCGUGACCACUGCAGGGAUCACCGGCAAAAUUGUGGACAAGAGGUUAAGAGUUGCGGCCUUUAAACGCGUGGAGAAAUCAUUACCACUAAUGACCAACGACAAAAAUUCUCGCAGGCUGCCGGGGGCUGCAGCCGUCUCCGCCGCCUCUGCAAAUGCCGCUGGUAAGUCGGCAACCAGCGACGACAAGUUGAACGAUACGCGACUCAACGUAUUCGAACCUACGUGGACUGUUGAAAAUUACAUGAUGUUAUUGCGCGAGAGUCUGAUGAAAGAAUGCCAAUCGCAUUUGAACUACAGUUGUCGUGAUGCCGUAGUACAGUUUACGACUUCUGCAGUGCCAGGACUUGAAGAGGACGCGGUUGCGGCGUUGGUGAAACGGGCGACGGACGCGAUACAGACCAAGAGAAUAUUUUCAAUACAUGGGUAUUAUCCAAUAAUAGCAGAGGAGCUCAAAAAAAGAGGAUGGGUUGAAAAAAAAAACCCAGAUUUCAAAUCAUUGAAUUAUGAAUAUUUAUUUACUACAUUAACUUUAACAAACAGUCGUUCAACGUGUAAUGUCAAAUCACCGCCUUCGUUAACUUCAACAACAGUGGAAUCUUUAAUUAAUGAAAAUAUAGAAAACUCAUAUUUGUGGUUGAUACUUAAAGACAUUAUCCCUAAUUACGUAUUUACUACAAACCGAUAUGAUAUUAGUUGUAUUAAAAUUAACAACAUAACAAUAUUUAGUCAAUUAAAUAAUUUGAGUUUUUGCACUAAAGUUGGAUUGGCUGGAACAGUUAAAACGAUAUCAAAAAAAUUAAAUGUAAAAUUCCCAAGAACCUAUAAUAUUUCAGACACAAGGACAAUGGAUUUUUUUAUAAAAGAUUAUAGACUAACAGCUUUAUUGGGUUCCUUGAAGAACAUCCUUAGUUCAAAAAAUUCACAAAGAAAAAUGUUUAGUGAAAACGGAACUAUUCCAUACGAAAUGAUUGACUUCAUUGAACAACGUUGUUGGGAAUUCGUGCACGCUUAUCAAACCAAAGAAGAAAGCGAUAUGCUAUGGUUUACAACAAUAUUAGAAGAUUGCUGGAGCAAAUUUAUGGCUUGGUAUUAUGAAAUUAUAGAAGAACUUGCUACCAUUCGUGUUUGUAACUUGUUUCAAAUUAAUGAUAUUUAUGAGCGAUUUGACGGUUUGGAACGUAAAAUUAAAACAUUUUGUCCACAAUUUUUUAUUGACGGCGAUACAAAUCUGUGGAUUAUAAAACCAUCUAAUCGUUGUUCCGGUAUAGGAAUAACAUUGGAGAGACGUUUCAAUAAUAUUUUGAAAACAAUUAAAGAACCCAACAAAUUGAAUAAAACGUACAUUGUACAAAAAUAUAUUGAAAGACCAUUGCUGAUUUUUAAUGUCAAAGCAGAUCUGAGACAAUAUUUUUUGGUUACAAACGCAUAUCCUAUACAAAUAUGGAUGUACAAAGAAGGGUAUAUACGAUUUUGUUCCAAGAAAUUUACAGUUCAAGACUUAGGUGAAGAAGUUCAUCUAAGCAAUGUUCGAGUCCAAUCAAUCAAUAGAAGAUAUAGAGUAUCCAAUGUACCGGAGGAAUGUAUGUGGGAUUUUACACAGUUUAAAGAAUAUCUGAAAUCAAUUAAGAAAGGCGACAAGUGGCAUACAUCAAUUUAUCCUACAAUCUGUGAAACAAUAUCGACAAUCCUCAUUAAGUCUUUUAAACGGGACGCCAGGAAAAUGUUUGCUUUUCAAUUGUUUGGAGCAGAUUUUAUAUUAACAGAACAUUUUGAACCAUGGUUAAUAGAAAUUAAUAGUAAUCCUGGCUUGAAUCCAACUACAAGUAUCAUUGCAAGAAUUGCUACGACGUUGUUAAAAGAUAUUAUCAAAGUUACGGUGGAUUUCCCACUUAAUUCAAAUGCAGAAACUGGACUUUUUGAGAACAUUUACUCUAACACACUUGUAAAACAUUGCAACACGGAGAAAAACAUUACAAAAGAAUAUUAUUACUACCAGUCACCCAAAAAAACAAAACAAUUAAAUAAACAAAGCCACAAAGGUAUUGAACAGAGUAAAAAGAAAAUUGCGAAAUGA